AUGAGUCAUAUUCCAGGAGUAUUGUUCUUCUGGAAAGAUCCGGAAAGACCAAUUGAUAUGACACUUCUCCAGUCAGAUCAGUCCAAGAGUUUUGGUGCUUGGGAGAAUGGUCACACCUGUCCUGAAAGGGAUAAUUACUUGACAAAGGUGUCAAGAAUGGCUGUGCGCUCACCUGCUGAUAGAUCAGUAGCUUCCUCCCCUGCUUGUGGUGGUUUCACUCCUUCUUGUGAUAGUCAUUUCUCUGUUUGUGGCAAUUCUUCCCCUGCUUGUGGUGGUUUCACUCCUUCUUGUGAUAGUCAUUUCUCUGUUUGUGGCAAUUCUUCCCCUGCUGGUAGUUCCUCAACGUCGUGGUCAAUGGACCAAGAUAACACAAGUGCUUUGGCCAAGAUGGCCUUGAAUUGUAAGGACAAUCAUAAAGACAUGGUCAUUAAAAAAGAUUUUAAGAACGUGAGCACUAAUAUUACCUUUCCCAUUCUGGUAAAUAAUUCUAUUAGAACCAUCGCCUUGUUGGACUGUGGCGCCACAUUCAGUUCUGUGGAUAAGAAUUUUUGUUUACAGAAUAAAAUAUCUAUUAAUUAUGUAAAUCACAUCAACAAAGCCUUAGUGAACAAUUCCAAUGUUCAUAAGUAUUUUAUUCGUUUGGCUGAUAGCAAUACACAUAUUAAAAGAAUUGGCACUUGUGUGUUCAGUGUAACUUGUAAUAGUAAGACUAUUCAGAGAGAAUUUGAAGUGAUAAACUUAACUAAUAGUUAUGAGUAUGAUUUCAGUAUUGGCACUGAUUAUAUGUCCACUCUGGGUAUUGAUAUUUAUGGUUUACCUCUAUCAUAUGAUGAUGCUGAUUCAAGUGAAGAACGUAGAGAAGCUGAUAGAUGCUUCAAUAACAAAAGUGAUCUUCUUAAAUCCCUAGAGAGAGAGAAUGAAUAA